GCUUGCUUAGCUUAUACAAAUUAACUAGUAUCGCUUGAAAAUCAACUAUCAUAAUGUUGUUCAAAAGCCUUCUACUUUUACCUAUAUUGGUACUUGGUGUUUUAUCUUUGGAAGAAGAUGAAGUUGAAGCUUUGCGUCACUUCAAGAGUUCAAUCACAGAUGACCCAACUGGUGUACUGUUGGAUUGGAACUCCAGUUCCACCCACCAUUGCAACUGGACUGGAAUCCAAUGUGACGAGGAUUCCGGUCGUGUCAUCUCGAUUUCCAUUCAGCAAACACAGCUCAAAGGCCAAGUCUCUCCGUUUCUAGGAAACCUUACCAGCCUCCAAGUUCUUGAUCUAUCUUACAACUCAUUCACUGGCAACAUUCCAUUCCAGUUGGGAUACUGCACACAGCUUUCUACACUGGCUUUUUACACCAACUUUCUCUCCGGCCGGAUUCCAUUCCAGCUAGGAAAUCUCCGGAAUCUACUAAUCCUAGACCUGGGUAACAAUUCCUUCACUGGAAUUAUUCCCGAGAGCUUGUGUAAGUGCACUUCUUUGCUACAACUUAGCCUUGACCAAAACAACCUCAAUGGAACAAUCCCGGAUAAAAUCGGUAAUCUGAUCAAUCUUCAACUUCUUGGAGCUUUUGGUAACUCUUUGAAAGGUUCAAUUCCAACUUCCAUUGGUCACUUGAAAGACUUGCAAGCUCUUGACUUUAGUGAAAACCAACUUACUGGUACCAUUCCCAGAGAGGUUGGAAACUUGUCAAGUUUACAAGUUCUUCAGUUGCAUAUAAAUUCUAUUUCUGGGUAUAUACCAACCGAACUUGGGAGUUGCAAAAGUCUGUCUCUUCUGAAUUUAUAUAGCAACAAGCUUACUGGAAGCAUUCCUGGUGAGAUUGGAAAUAUGGCGGACUUGCAGAUUCUCCGAUUAUAUGAUAACCAGCUCAACUCAACCAUCCCGGUUUCGUUGUUUCAGUUGAAAUCAUUAGUUGUUUUGCAACUAUCAAGGAAUAGUCUAACCGGGAAUCUUUCUCCAGAGAUAUCUUCACUGGAAUCACUACAGUCAUUGACGCUUCACGAGAACAGUCUCACCGGCGAAAUUCCAGAAUCCAUAACCAGGUUGGUCAACUUAACAUACUUGUCAAUGAGUUUAAACUCUCUCACAGGAUCAAUUCCUUCAAGCAUUGGGUCUCUUUAUAAUCUAAGAAAUUUGUCUCUUAGCAAUAACCUUCUUGAUGGAUCUAUUCCAUCGAGUAUCAUAAACUGCACAGAUAUACUUUCGAUCGAUUUGGCUAAUAACUAUAGGUUGACUGGAGAAAUACCACACGGUCUUGGGAAGUUGUCAAAUCUUACAUUUCUUAGUAUCGGCAACAAUAAGCUAUCUGGACAAAUUCCGGAUGAUCUCUUUGACUGUUCAAGUCUCGUGAUUUUAAAUUUAGCCUUUAACAAUUUUACGGGAUUGUUGAAACCCGAAAUUGGUAAACUUUCCAAUCUCCAAAUACUUCAAGUUCAUGGUAAUUCCCUUUUUGGGCCAAUCCCUGGAGAAAUCGGUAAUUUAACCAGUUUAAUGUCAUUAAACCUUGGACAAAACCGAUUUUCAGGCACCAUUCCUGUAGAAAUCUCAAACCUUUCUUUCCUGCAAAGCCUUUUGAUCGAGAACAAUAAUCUGGAAGGCCAUGUUCCGGAGGAAAUUUUUGAGCUUAAACAGCUGACUGAACUCUACUUGCAGAACAAUAAACUUGUGGGUUCUGUUUUGAAUUUUGUUUCAAAACUCAAGAUGCUUUCGUCGUUGGAUCUCAGUGGAAACAGGUUUAAUGGAUCGAUCCCUGACAGUAUGAUAAAACUUAACCAGUUGAUUACAAUAGACUUGUCACACAACUUUCUCACAGGCUCCAUUCCAGGGCCUGUGAUUGCAAGUAUGAAGACUAUGCAAGUCUCUCUCAAUUUCUCCAACAAUUUUCUCACAGGGAAGAUCCCAAAUGAGUUUGGGAAGCUGGAGAUGGUGGAAGCCAUUGAUGUCUCGAACAACAAUCUUUCGGGAGGUAUUCCAGUAGCAUUUCAAGGCUGCAGAAACCUGUAUAGUCUUGAUUUGUCAGGAAAUCAGCUUUCUGGAAGCGUUCCCACUGGAAUAUUCCCUCCUCUCGGUGUUCUUACCUACAUAAAUUUCUCAAGAAAUCAGUUAGAGGGAGAGAUCCCGGAAACGUUGGGGAACUUGAAACUUCUUACAACCAUUGACCUCUCACGGAACAAAUUCAACGGGACCAUUCCUGAAAAUUUUGGUAACAUAUCGGCACUGAGACAACUUAAUCUCUCUUUCAAUCAGCUUGAAGGACGUCCUCCCGUUUUCCAAAACACCACCGCAAUCGGGUUACUUGGAAAUCCACUAUUGUGUAUUCCAAACGAAACCGGAUCAUGCUCUUCCUCAAAUCGAUCACACCAUUUGUCCAAAAAGGUUAUACUGAUUCUUGCAAUUCUUGGGUCUAUAACUUUGAUUCUAGUGUUAUUUAUGGUGUAUUUAUGUUAUCGACAUAUAAGAAAACAGAAAGUCAAAGAACCCGAGAAUCCCGAGUUAUCAGAGUACUCCCCGGGGUUCAUUCUCAAAAGAUUUGAAAGAAAAGAGCUUGAAGAAGCUACCAACAACUUCAGUGAAGACAACAUACUGGGUACAAGCAGCUUGAGCACAGUAUACAAAGGUACGCUAGAAGAUGGAAAGAUGAUAGCAGUGAAGAAUUUGAACUUCACACAGUUUUCAGUGGAAUCUGACAAGAGUUUCAACAAUGAAAUGAAGACAAUAGCUAAGAUGAGACAUAGAAAUCUAGUAAAGGUACUUGGUUAUGCAUGGGAGAGUGGAAAACUAAAGGCUUUGGUUCUUGAAUACAUGGAAAACGGUAACCUGGAUAGAGUUAUACAUGACUCUGGGAUUGAUCGAUCAAGAUGGGAACUUUCUGAGAGAAUAGAUGUUUUGGUUUCUGUUUCUAGAGGAUUAGUUUACUUGCAUUCGGGAUAUGAUUUCCCGAUAAUUCACUGCGAUUUGAAACCAUCAAAUAUUCUUCUAGAUGAAAAGUGGGAUGCUCAUGUUAGUGAUUUUGGGACUGCUCGAAUUCUAGGAGUUCAUCAGCAGGAUGGAAGCAGCAUUUCUUCUCAAUCAACAUUUGAAGGCACCAUUGGUUACAUGGCACCAGAGUUUGCAUAUAUGAGAAAAGUGACAACAAAAGUAGAUGUCUUCAGCUUUGGGAUUAUAGUGAUGGAACUUAUCACUAGAAAAAGACCGACUGGACUCACCGGGGAAGAGGGGGUCACUUUGCCAAAGAUAGUAGACCGAGCACUUUCAAAUGGAAUGAACGAGCUGAUUGGAAUUGUAGAUCCUGAUCUGUGUGCCAAUUUCUCCACGAAGCAAGGUGUCAUAGAACAGCUUCUUAAGUUGGCUUUAUCUUGCACCAGAACAGAUCCAGGGGACCGACCAGACAUGAAUGAAAUCUUAUCUUCCCUUAUAAAGUUCUGCAAGAAAGUCUAAACAAGAAGGGUUACAAAUUCGUACAUUUCAAGCCAAUAACUUGUUCAUCUGUUUGUUUUGAGGGAAUAAGGAGUAAAAAAAGGAGAUUCUGAUCUCUUUAUUUUUUAACAGCAAAAUUCAUUCAAGAUUCUGGCAGUUUUGUAGUAUUAGCUCCAUUUCAUUUAUAUACCAUAUAAAGUAG